GAUUGGGCGCGGGGCGGGGCGGCGCAGGCGCGGUGCCGUUAUUGUUCCGCGGUGCCGCCGCCCGGGCGGUGCUGCCGCCAUCGCCAUCAUGCCGAUCAACAAGCCUGAGAAGCUGGACAGGCCUGAGAGCUGUGACAAUGUCAAGGUGGUGGUUCGGUGCCGGCCCCUCAACGACCGCGAGAAAGCCACAGGCUACAAAAUGGCUGUGAACGUGGAUGAGAUGAGAGGGACCAUAACUGUGCAUAAAACAGACUCCUCCAACGAGCCUCCGAAGACAUUUACAUUUGACACGGUGUUUGGACCAGAGAGUAAACAGCUGGAUGUCUAUAAUUUAACUGCAAGACCUAUCAUUGACUCUGUCCUAGAGGGAUACAAUGGUACUAUUUUUGCAUAUGGGCAGACUGGAACAGGCAAAACUUUCACCAUGGAAGGGGUCCGAGCAGUUCCUGAGCUCAGAGGCAUCAUUCCCAAUUCCUUUGCUCAUAUAUUUGGUCACAUUGCCAAGGCAGAGGGGGACACAAGGUUCUUGGUUCGUGUCUCUUACCUGGAGAUUUACAAUGAGGAAGUGCGGGACCUGCUGGGAAAGGACCAGACACAGAGGUUAGAGGUUAAAGAGAGACCUGAUGUGGGAGUUUAUAUCAAAGACCUCUCAGCUUAUGUCGUAAACAAUGCAGAUGAUAUGGACAGAAUCAUGACUCUGGGCCACAAGAACCGCUCUGUUGGUGCCACAAACAUGAACGAGCACAGCUCUCGCUCCCACGCCAUCUUCACUAUCACCAUCGAGUGCAGCGAGAAGGGCGUGGAUGGCAACAUGCACGUGCGCAUGGGCAAGCUGCACCUCGUGGAUCUGGCUGGCUCUGAAAGACAGACAAAAACUGGAGCCACAGGGCAGCGACUGAAGGAAGCCACCAAGAUCAACCUGUCCCUUUCCACCCUGGGGAAUGUCAUCUCUGCACUGGUGGAUGGCAAGAGCACCCACGUGCCGUACCGGAACUCCAAACUGACACGGCUCCUCCAGGACUCCCUGGGGGGCAACUCCAAAACUAUGAUGUGUGCAAACAUCGGCCCGGCAGACUACAACUACGACGAGACCAUCAGCACUCUCAGGUAUGCAAACAGAGCCAAGAACAUCAAGAACAAGGCCAGGAUUAAUGAGGAUCCCAAGGAUGCUAUGCUCCGCCAGUUCCAAAAAGAAAUCGAAGAGCUUAAGAAAAAACUGGAGGAAGGGGAAGAGAUAUCUGGUUCUGAGACCAGUGAUUCUGAAGAGGAGGAUGAAGAUGACGAUGGGGAGAUUGGAGAGGACGGGGAGAAGCGGAAGAAACGGCGGGGCAGUAGCAGCAGCAGUAGUUCAGACUCCACAUGCUCUGUCAUAGAGAAACCUCUGGAUAAGUCCUUCACUAAUCAAGCAGGCAAAAAAAAAGUUUCCCCUGAUAAGAUGGUAGAGAUGCAAGCAAAGAUUGAAGAGGAGAGAAAAGCUCUUGAAACUAAGCUUGAUAUGGAAGAAGAAGAAAGAAAUAAAGCCAGAGCUGAACUGGAGAAGAGAGAAAAAGACUUGCUUAAAGCUCAGCAAGAGCACCAGUCCCUGUUGGAGAAACUGUCUGCAUUGGAGAAGAAGGUGAUUGUGGGAGGAGUGGACUUGCUGGCAAAAGCAGAGGAGCAAGAAAAGCUUCUGGAAGAAUCAAACAUGGAACUGGAAGAACGAAGGAAGAGAGCAGAGCAGCUUCGCAAGGAGCUCGAGGAGAAGGAGCAAGAGCGCUUGGACAUUGAGGAGAAGUACACCAACCUCCAGGAGGAAGCACAGGGGAAAACCAAAAAGCUGAAGAAAGUCUGGACCAUGCUCAUGGCUGCAAAAUCAGAGAUGGCAGAUCUGCAACAGGAGCAUCAGAGAGAGAUUGAAGGGUUGCUGGAGAACAUUCGGCAGCUGAGCAGGGAGCUCCGUCUGCAGAUGCUCAUCAUAGACAACUUCAUUCCUCAGGACUACCAGGAAAUGAUCGAAAACUACGUUCACUGGAAUGAAGACAUAGGAGAGUGGCAGCUGAAGUGUGUGGCAUAUACAGGAAACAACAUGAGGAAACAGACACCUGUCCUGGAUAAAAAAGAGAAAGAUCCCUUUGAAGUGGACCUUUCCCAUGUUUACUUAGCUUACACUGAAGAAAGCUUGAGGCAAUCCCUGAUGAAGCUGGAGAGGCCGAGGACUUCAAAAGGAAGAUCCAGGCCCAAGACGGGUAGAAGAAAACGUUCGGCCAAGCCAGGAGCUGUCAUUGACUCCCUGCUGCAGUAGUGUGACCUGGUCAGAAUUCCUGUAAAAAUCAGUGAGUGUAUAUGGUUUGGCCAGAACAUGAAAUUCAAGAGAUGGCACAGUUUAACAUGGCUAUAAUUUUUUAUUUAAAAAAAAAAAAGUAUUUUUCCUUA